AAAUGUGUAGCUGACUUCACAAUGGAAAUUAUAGAAAUUUUUUUAAACUUAACUAAACUAGACAUUAAAAAUCGGUCAAAAAAGUUGUUACGUUAAGACGAGGCUGAAAUUUUAAGUGAUUAAGAUAAUAUUGAACCUGGCUAAAUACGGUCCAUUGGACUACCCCAAUUCAAGUCAUACCAACGCACAAUUUCGAUUCCAAUAACAAUGGAUUCAAUGUCAACAAAACUUUGUCGUUUGUGUCUCGAAUCCAGUGACGAAAUGUUAAAUAUUUUCGAAAACCCUCAAAACUCGACAAUCCCAUCGAUUUUGAUCAAACAUUUCUGGUUCCAGGUUGACAAAGAUGAUGGCAUGCCGCAGUGGCUGUGCGAAAUUUGCUGGAUACAAAUCAAAACCUUUCACCAUUUCUAUAAGAGAGUGGAGAUCCGCCACGGAAACUAUUGUCGUUCAAAUGCCUUGGUCAAGAUCAAUUCAAUAAAGCAGGAACGAAGCGAAAGUCCAACCGAGGCGCAAGUAAACCAUGAAUCUUACACGGACUUGUAUAUAGUGAAGCAGGAGGAACCAGAACCUCCAGCACAAAUGCCUGAUCUGUUUGUCACUAAAACAGAAAAUUGUGAUUACGAUGCUUAUGUCGAAGCUUACAACAGUUUUGAUGAAAGUUUAGGUGAAAAUGGCGGGACCUCAGACGACGAUGACCAGCCGUUCAAUAAAAAAGCGAAAAGCGCUGCAGCAGCCGGAACAUCGUCACUAAAUACUGAAACUCAAGACUCGAAGUCACGUAGUGCUUUAAACAUAGCGCAACAAGACGCUCAGAUCCGUGAUUUUUUCACUUUGAAAUGUGAAAUCUGCACGGAAGACAUCAAAUUUGAAACAUUGAGGAAAGUACGGGAUCAUUAUCGCAGCGUUCACAAUAAAAGUGGAUAUCUAAGGUGUUGUGGGAACAAGUACUAUCGUCGUUGCACAGUAUUGGAUCACAUCGGUUUUCACAUCAAUCCAGACGCAUAUCGAUGUGAUCAGUGUGACAAAAGUUUUAAGGACAAACAAGCACUCAAAACUCACACCGACAAUCAUGGACAACUUAAUUUACGUGCUCACGAAUGUAGCAUAUGUGGCGGUAGUUUUAUGAAGGCAGCCUCAUUGAAGGUUCAUGUGCGAAAUGUUCACUCAUCGGUUACGGGUGAAAUGUUCCCGUGUGAAAAAUGCAGUAAGACUUUUCGGUCGUCCACGUCGUUGGUCGCUCACAUUCGAUGUGUUCAUGAGUUUUCGCUGGAACACGUAUGUGACAUAUGCGCUUGUCGAUUCAAAUCGAAGCAACGGCUCCAAAGUCACAUCUUCUUCAAACACUCAACGACAACUAAAGCUCAGUGUGAGAUGUGCGGUGCUUGGCUGAAACAUGCAAUGAGUCUACGUAAACACUUGAAACGUUGUCCCCAGUCGUCAAACUGCGAGCCAGUUAGUUGUUCUAUUUGUGACAAAGUGGUACCAAACAGACCUGCAUUAGGUAGCCAUAUUAGGCGUGCUCAUGGAACAAAAAGACAUCAGUGCACAUUUUGCGACAAAAUAUUCAACACACCUACAAGCUUGAAGGAACACACAGCAAUUCACACGGGCGAAUAUUUAUACGAUUGUCCGUACUGCGACAAGAAAUUCAAAUCGAAUGCGAACAUGUAUUCACAUCGCAAGAAGAUGCACUUGGAAGAAUGGACCAGAGAUAGAACCAACACAUUAGCGGCACAGAAUAAAUCGGAUCACGUUGAAUCCACAGAGGUUGCGAAUGGAUGAAUAAAGAAAAGAUGUCGAAUGAAGAUCUAGACGAAAAG